AUGACGGACUCGAUGAACCUGAUCUCAGCUCAGAUAUCCUUCCUGGAGGCACAUCUCGCUCUGAUCCACAUCCCCAUUGAAUUGUACGCCUUGUCCCUCCAGCCCAUUCUCCGUCUCCUGUUUGGGGAAGACCACGAUGAGGACGCCGCAAAGAUCUCUUGGACCAACCGCCAUGACUUCCUCAACAUCUCCAUCACUGCAAUCGAAUGCUCCAUCAUAUGCUCGCGACAUCUCGCCGACCGGUUCGUGCGCCCGGUCGCCGACGUUCUCAACAAACUUUAUGCCAACAACAAGAAGGGGAAGCCCAAGGGGGAGAUCCAGAUCGGCAGUGAAGACUAUAUCGUCAUUCAGGUCGACGGACAGGGCCUUGAUGCUGGCCAGAGGGUGCUGGAACUGACAUCGCCGUUGGCAAUGGCUGGAAUAAGCAUUUUCUUCAUUACGACGUAUUUCUCCGACUAUAUUCUUGUUCCUUUCCGGUCGCGGGGCACCGUCACCCGCGCCCUCCAACAGCGGGGCUUCGUCUUCUCCAAGACGGCCGACGCCUUCGUGUCACAACUGUCGCCAUCGUCUCCCACCCUGCUCCAGGGCGGCGGUGCGAGAUCGCCAUUUUACGACAACUCGGCUCCCACCACCCCACCAGCCAAGGACAUCCCGGAACUGCAGCUUCGUACGUUCAAGAAGCUCAAGCAGAACAACAUCAGGCCUUUUGUCGACGGCAACAUCCGUCUCGCCACCUGCGCCGGCAGCCGUGAGUACAACGUAGCGAACGAUGAGCGUCUCAAGAACGACCUCCUCCAGGUCUUACUCGCGACGGCAGCGGCAACACCACCGCCAACAGGCACCUCGGGACAGCCUGCCACAAUAUCAUCAACCGUGUUCGGCAUGGGCGCGAGUCCGGCACCCCUCGAGGCGCCGACAGCCGAGUUGGACUUUGGCGCCAAAUUCCUCUCCCUGACCAUCACGUCGAGCGAGCCCAUCUCGGUCCUGUUGGAGCGCCGACUGCUCGACCGGCUCGGCGGGUCGCUUUUGGGCGCCAAGUCGGCCGAUGACGUCCUGAUCCCCAUCACUCUUGACCUGCGAGACCUCCCGCUCGACGCCACGGGCAUUGUGUGCGGCGUGGCCGGGCGGUUGGCCCAGGGGAGCACCGAUCUUCCGGACCAGGAGGUCACCUUGGGCUUCACCCCGCGCGCCCCGAGCAGCAGCAUGACCACCGAGAUAGCCCACGCUCCCGACGAGCCCGUCGAGAUCUCCUUCCUCAGCACCGCCCGUGCUGGCACCGUGAUCGUCCGCGCCUCCCAGCUCGAGAAGGCCCUCGAUGCCCUUGACUAUGGGAUGAUGAGGGUUGGCGAUACGGACAGACCGUGA